UCUCAGUAUGAUAAAGGUCACCUUACAUCAUAAAGCAUUCCAGAGGCUUUGGACAAUCACUGAAGCGCGCUUGUUCACAACCGAUCAUACGCAUUUUAGCCCGUCGUAGUGAUUUCCUUCUUCGAUUCAGGAUAGAAGUUUGAUAAAGAGGACCCAAAGAGGACCCAGUGUAUUUGUUUCAGUCCGCACGUAGGCUUCCAAUUACAACUCAAGCUGUUCCACUUUUUACCGCAUCAUAAUAACAGGAACUACAAAACCGGACGUUCUCAUAAAUUGUCGUUAAUUCUGUGGCUUCUUGGUUUCAGCCCAAACAUCACGACGUGUCGGUCACCAUCGUAAAUCACAGCGAGGGAAACGAGAUAAAAUAUCACCAGUGAACAUGUUUGGGUUUAGUAGAUGUUUCUUGAUCUUACAUUUGACCUGGGCUCUGAUAAACCUGGCUGGAAUAAGCUCAGCUUCGAGCACUCCAGGUCAACCAACAGACCUUCACGUUUCACGUGUUCAUGACCUUUCGAUCACGCUGCAAUGGACAAGACCGCUGACGACCGCAGGCACAAUAGACAACUCCACACUGUCCUAUACUGUAUCAUAUAGAGCUGUUGGAGAUAUUUCCGGGAACCGGAAGAUCGUACCAGCAGAGAAUGCUCAGCUUGAUUUAGUUUUUAAGAAGCAGUAUAGAAUUCAUGUACAGGCCUUUCACAGGAAGGAUCACCAAGUCAAAAGCGAUUGGACCAGUUUGCUUGUUGACACAAACAACUUAGUUCCAGCGAAACCCACCAAUUUGAUGACUAAUAGCUGGUUAUUAGGAUUCAAAUACCAGGUAACAUUAACGUGGGACAAGCCGACAACAACUACGAGUGGGAUUACGGAUUCUUCUACAAUAAAAUAUCAAAUCAGCUACAAGGACCUCAAAGACAGUGCCAACAGGCAAAGUCAAAGUUCUACAGAGAGAUAUCGUCUACGCAGUCUUGCUGCGGUCUCAAGAUAUCAGAUAAAAGUCAGGGCUGUGAAGACCUUAGAACCAGAAAUGAUUGGCGACUGGUCAGACUCCAUAAUCCUGCAAACAAAUGAAUCAAGACCGAGCCAACCACCAAGAAAUGUUCAAGCCGUUUCUAAUACAUCUUCCUCGAUAACGGUCUCAUGGGGUUCAAUCCCUGAGAAUGGUCAAAAUGGCGUCAUUUUGGGCUUUGUCGUAUUUUACUGUGAACAGACUGCUUGUGAAUCGAGUAGCUGGUCCAGAUACGAUGCAAAACUAGUCUAUUCCCACGAACUACGAGGUCUUGUGAGCGGAAAGCAAUAUUCUGUCAGAGUAGCGGGAUAUACGAUGAUUGGUUCAGGAAUAAAGUCUCGACCGAUUAAAAGGGUUGUUACCGGAGGCUCAUCCACCGCAACUACACGUAAAACUGCUCCACAAAAGUCAACCACAAUUGCCCCAGAAACGACGCGAAGUACGCCGAUCACGUCUACCAAAAAUGUGACUGUACAUAUGGAAACAGUGGGAGAGGUUACAACAGAAAGCUUAACGACAACUGUUGUUUUUCCCACCGAGCCAAAGAAAACCAAACCGACAUUUCCAAGGAGUGUAGCAACUCUUCAACCAACAGUUUCCUCAGAGAAGGUAACAGCAAGAGAUCCAUCUGGGCCGUUUACACCAGUGGUUGCUAAGAUGGAUCAAGCCAACGAGACAGCUAAGGACAACAUGCUGAACAAAAUUCUCAUAAUCGGUGCGCCUGUAGGAGGCGCUUUUCUCCUGGUCAUCAUAUUCGUAAUUUUCGUCGCGUUUGCGCGGAAACGUUCCCGCAAAAGACGACAACUGCUUCAAAAUGGCAGCAUGCCAAAGAGGUCAAGAGAUAUGGUUACAAGAGGAGCGUAUAGCGUCCGAUAUGAACCCCCUUCUGCGGCAUCCACCGUACGUGGAGACUCCAUGACCGAGGGGUUGUUACCUGCUGAAGACGAACCAGAUCAACCUGAAAUUCUUGUAGAGGAACUAAAUGGAACAUUACCGAGCGCCGCGAUGGAAGAUAUCCCUAUGAUGGCUUCCGGUUAUUCAGACAAAUGCGAUCUUUUGCGAGUUGAUUUGAAUUUAGAGCAGAGUAAACUCGACGAGGGGUCUUCUGCGGGAUUGUACGACAGUAUUGGGUCCCUUAGUAAAGUUGGAUGCGCGCCCGAUGACGGGAAAAGUGACAGUGAAGAACGUUACGUCACGCAAGAUCAAAUCAACGCUGCACGUGAAGCCACGCGCGAGAAGUCUCAGGCCCAGGCUUCUCCGGACGAAGGUCAUUACAAAAUACCCAGAGAAGUAGCUGCGAUGGAUGACUUCUAUAAAAGACCCAAGGAUCUCUCUGAUGGCAGUACGUACGUGAAUAUGAAUCUACCGCCCGCAGAAAACUUAUAUGAGACCCUCGAGCCGAAGGAGCCAGUUUACGAGAAUACAAAACCUUCGCCUAACGGCGAGGAGCAUGCAGAUACGGAGGGUGGAGUAGGACUCAAUCUUUUGUAAAAAGAAGAGAAAAAAUUUUGUAACGCAGAAGGAAGUUUCUUUUGGACGAUUGUGUUAAAAUCGUUAGAGGCCUUGACGGGUAACUUAGAGGGGCACUGAAGCACGCUGAAUUUUUUUUCCGUAUUAUGACAAGUUAGGUUAAAAAAUUGGCCCAUUCAGGUUUCAGAAAUACGUGGGGAGAAAACGGGCGUGCGACCUCGUUUCGAUAAGUUUUAGUUCAGCACCUGAUUGGUCGUGGGUGUCUUGAGUUUCCUGGAUCACACACAGAACGAAGUCAGGCAAAACAAAACGGAUGCAGUCCCGAAUAAUCCGCGAAUACUAUCGAAAUACAAUCUAAAGUUGCGUCAGAAGGAAGUACGUCAGCAGGAUUCAUACGAGUGAUUAAUGUCAGAAAAAGCGUCAGGUGCGCUGUACUCCCGCUUCUACACUCUUCUGCAACUCUUGCCCAUUUUAUCUAGUUAGUUAGCCAACAAAAGUGUUCUUACGGUUUCGCGGAGUUUCCAUUAGUAAAGACAGCUAUUUUUCAGGUCGCACAAAAGUUUCUUGAACGCAUUGACUCUUUGAUAAAGGGGUGGAAAAUUUAAUAUACUUUUUCACCCCCCCUCCCCAAUUUUUCCCCAACCAUAUCUCCUCCUCCCCAUUUUUUCCUAUUUUUUGCAUACCAUCCAUCAAGUCGUUAUCUUUCAGCCAGUGUAAAGACUUGCCGAAUUUGACUUCGCUUUGAUCGGGCAAUAUCUGCGAGGCUUCGUCUUCGUUUUAAGACCGGUAACAGUAAUAGUAAUAUUGUGAAUGGAUGGGGAGGGGAGGUGGGGUUGGGUUGUGUACAAAAUUACAUGGAAGUAGCAUAAAAACGAGGGUUUUUUUGGAGAAAAAAUGGAUUUUUUAUACAUAGUAGAUUUUUAUUGAACUUUUUAAAUGAUGUAUCACUAAAUCAAGAUGUAAAUAGCAUUAAAAUCCUAAUAAAUAACUGCUGACUUCAA